GAAUUUUGUUAUUGUGCACUCGUGAAGAGGUUGGGCACACUAGGAUAGAAAAUAAUGGCGCGUGUGGUGAAUUUGUCGUUGUUGUGAUAGAGUGUGGGAGGUUAAACUGCGAAUAAAACAUAAGUUGUACGCAUACACAUUGGCUUGUGUUUUGGAAGCGGGUUGCCCCAUCGCCGCCGUACAUUUGUUUAAGGCAUCUCCCACACGAGAGACGACAGAAGCUUUUAUUCGCAGUCAGGCGACUGGCGACAUUGUUUUGGAACAACACCCUGGUGAGAGGAUCGAUAUUGCCUGGACGACAUGAUGCACCAUUCGCCCAGAAGGAGUCCCCGACUGAACGAGGGACAGAAUAUCGCACCGCAAGUAGAUGGCAGCGUUUUGGCCCCGCAACCGUCGCAAGCCGGCGGCCGAGGCAGUGAAGCCCCGGCGUCAUCAGCGCAGCUGGCAGCACCUGGAGCCACCAGGAAACCGAAGGUGGCCGACCUGAUGGAUAGGAUCGCCAAGUUGGAGAAGGAGUUGGAACGCGCUCGCAGCGCUAAUAUGGAACGCACUGGCCCCGUUAUUUCGAGUGAGGUUGGGGUAGGUCAGCCGCCAUUUGCAACCGGCCUGACCGUACCCAACGCAACAAGUGUUUAUUAUGCGGCGUCAGAGAGACCGCCACCCUGGAGCGGAUCUCAAACGGUACCGUGUUCGCAGAACUGUACCACGAGGAUUAAUCAAGCAUCGCCAUUUUGCGCUACCGGCACUACUGUUCCAGCGCAUGGUUUCAGGCUGCAGAAUGAAGUGGCCGGCGGAACAUCGGUACGUGCGCCUUCUCCUGGAGACGGUGCUUGGGCGACGAGCAUUGGAGGAACUGCACGCUGGGCGCCACGAAAGCUUCCUGAACUGCCUACGUUCGGAGGGAAGCCAGAGGACUGGCCCAUUUUCUACUGCGCGUUUACGGAGACGACGCAAGCGUAUGAUUGUACGGACUUGGAGAACAACCAAAGGCUACUGAAGGCGUUAAAGGACGACGCGCGUGAGACGGUGAAGUCUUUGUUGAAUCUCUCCAGCAAUGCGAAUGCAGCGGUGGAGCAGCUGCGUUUCAGAUACGGCCGACCGGAGCAACUAAUACGCAGCCAGCUCAACAGCAUUCGAGAUGUGCCUGCAAUUACGGAGCACAACCUGGGAAAGCUCGUCGCAUUCGCCACCCAUGUCAGCAACCUCAAGGCUUUCCUACAGUCAGCGAAGGCGGAGCAGCGCCUGGGUAACCCUAUGCUGAUGGAAGAACUUGUGGCCAAGCUCCCAAUAAGCAAACGAGUGGACUGAGCAAGGCACGCUGCAACUAUUCAGCCCUAUCCGACGAUUGUGGACUUCAGUUCGUGGUUGAUGGAACUAGCCAACGUGGCCUGCGUGGUGGCGGACAUCGAUGUAA